AGAUGAAGCACUUCACCUUGACAUUGCUUGCACUUCUUCAAUGUUUCUACUUUCAUGAGGUUUUGUGUCACGACGCCAACGACGAUCAUCAACAACACCUGCGAAUGUCUGUUGGCGAUAUUUUGAAAGUCAAUUCAUCAUCAGCAGCAGCCACAACAAACAUCAGUGAAAAGAAAUCACAACGGGACCAAAGAACUUUACAUCGACGUGCUGGGGGACAUUUGGUGCUGGGUGUAACAUCAACAACAACUUUAAAUCCACUCCCAACCCACUUACAUGAAGAGACAGCAACCGAAUUGUCAUCACAUGAUACAAAUUCAAAUUUCAAGAAUCACAAAACUUAUUUUAGAAGAAAAGUCAAAGCAGAUUCGAACCGAAGUCAUGAUGAGAAUAAAAGCAGCAGCAACAUUGUUAACGUAGCAAUUUUAGAUAGUAAAAAUUCCAAAGAAUUAAAUGACGAUGAGAAUAAUUUAGACUUUGGUCUAAUGACAAUGAGUGCUGCUGGUGAAGGCACGAAAAGUAACGACGUGUCGUCAAAGACUUCUUCAAGUUCGAAAAGUGCCACGAAGAAAGAUGAGAAGCAAAAGACUCUUUCAGAUCAAAUAGCUGAAGGUAAAUAUGGUCUGAUAGAGAAAGAAUUGUUUAGUAAAACACCAAAGCGACCAGGAAUUGUUUCAUACAAGACAAAUCCUGAAACGCCGAAUGAUAAUGAGAAGACUCUUGGUGGCCUUGACAAAGAUGAGAUUUGGCUUUCUGAAGAUCAUUUAUUAGUUCUGAAAGGUGGCGUGCCAAAUGAGAAGAAGAAUGAAGCAGACAGCGACGAAUGGAAGCCAAUUGACGAUUAUGAAGCACCAGCAAGACCAGUAAAGAUCCCAAUCAACCCUCGAGUGCCACCUCCAUUUCCUGUUCAACUCACUGACAACGGACCGCUACAAUUUAUCGGACAUAAUCAAUUUUCGCUAUUCAAUCCGUUCACAAAUGAAACAGGCUUAUUUACAAAUGAUCCGAGCGACGGCGCAGCCAACUUCCAUCAAGCCAACAGUCCCGAUCCGAAGAAUCUUUUUACCGGGCCGGGAACGUUCAAAAAUCUUACGAAAGAUCAGAUACGUGAUGUGAUUCCACCACCUCCCUGGCUUCAUCACAAAACUCACAACGACAAUGAUUUGUUGAAACAUUUUCCUUUCAAUUUGCCACUUCCUGAAAAUCGAACUGAAGAUUUUGACGAAGACGAUCCGUCACUUUUCUAUCCACCGCCAUACAGUUUUAUUUAUAAAAUAAAUCACACAAAUCUUGCACCAAUUGGACCACUCGUGCCUGGAAUUAUUCUUCCACCACCUCCAAACUUCUUCUCUGUUUACGACCCCGAUGAGAAUAAGAAACCUGUGAAGACGCCAAUCGACGUCAUCAAUCGAAUACAAGAAAUUCAUUUGAAAAAUCGUUUGUCCGCUUCAUCAACAACUACGACGACAUCUUCACCUCCCAAGUUGACAUCUUAUGUGCCAACAUUGCGUGAGUUCACUAGAAAAGCGAAAGUAUCGUCGUCGACUCCAUCAACGAGGUUACAUAAAACAAAACAAUUAACAACACUUCGACCAUCAACGACGACAUCUUUAAAGAUUCAUCCAUACGAUACAACAACACUCAAGUUGCAUCCAGUUUAUGUGCCAACGAGUGGAUCGACAACUUCAUCGACAACGACAACAACCAUUCAACCUCCAGCUGCUAUCAACAUUAAGCCAUAUCAACAAGACUACGGAACACAAGCACAUCCAAUUUACUUUGAAUAUUUCGAUGCACGUACAGCUAAUCCAAUCAAAAGUCAAUACAUUGGACCAGAGUAUCAGAAUUCUUAUGAGACGUCACCAGUCUACAAUCCAAUUAGCAACACAUCGCCAACACCACAACAAGUUGUCAGAGGUGGUGGCAACCACAAUAAGAAACCGAAAAGUUUCUAUCAACCGCAAUUCUUAUCAUCGACAAUUUCUCCGCAUCCUCAACACAUCGACACGAAGUUUUUGUUUGUUACACCAAAACCGGAGUUGCAAUAUGCAAGCGUGGUUGCAUCGCCGCAACCGUAUCCAGUUUCAACUCCAACUCCACUUGCUUACAACACAGUUCCGGUGCAAAAACCUCUCGUUCUAAAACCAGUUGGUCGAUUUGAAGAUGAGAUUGCGGCGAUUCAACAAACGCUUGACUUUUAUAAUGGAAAGAAAUUCCAACAGAAGACACCGAAAGUUAAAGCAGUUUAUGAAUUUUCUUUUGAAGCAUCAAAACAUAAAAAUCAACAACAAGACGACUUUCAGCCGAUGCUUUCAUAUGAUCAGAAGAAUUAUUACUCACCUAAACCGGAAAUUAAUUAUUCACAACUUAGUGAGCUGAUCAAGACAAACAGUUAUUAUCCAACAACGACAGAAACAACGAUGAAAUAUUAUCGAACGAAACAAUCAGCGACUUUACCACCAAAGAAGAAUUCAGCGACAGAGACAAGUGCAUCGACGCCAAUGGCUUUCGGACAGAAACUACGACCACAAAAUCUAAACUAUUACGUACGACCGAUGUUUAAAGAAGUCGUGACGACACCACAGAAAUCUCAAAAGAUAAUUAAUUACUCAGCUUCGUAUGAUCCGAUUAAUGUUGAUCAUGGAUACAGAAUUAAUAACAGGAAUGUGAAGUAUCGCAAGCCUUCACAUCAUCAACAGCAACAACAACAACAUCAUGAAUUCUACGAGCCAGCAAGUGAAGUUGCAAGUUUAUUAAACGAUACGAUCGUUAACUAUAAACAACCUUUAAGACCGAUUAAUCCAUUAAGUGAAUUUAUCAAUGUUGAUUCUCGCUUUCCACCACAAAACUCUCCGCCUUACAUUUCACAGCCUCAACCACUUCCACCUCAAUAUCAACCUCAUAAUCCAUAUUAUCCCGUUCCUUAUCCAAGACCAAUCCCAAUUCAACAACAACAACAGCCGCAAUAUCAUCAUCAACAACAUCACCAGCAACAACAUCCAAUUAAUUUAGUCAAAUAUGAAUAUCCACAAAUUCCUCAAAUUAAUCCCGAAAGCGUUCACAUAACAUUCUACAAUCGACCGAUGGAAAAGUCAGACAACAAUUAUUACGUCACGCCACGAAUUUAA